AUGUUGGAAAUGCUAGAAUAUAAUCACUAUCAGUGCCGCUACCCGUUAAACCUGCUUUUUGAAAAGGCUGGAUUGGAGAUGAGACCCAGACACACCUGCGCGCGCUUUGCCCUAUCACAGGUGGGAGCGCACAAAUACCUGGGCGAGACCUGGGGCUUUUAUAAGUUUGAAGAGCAAAACCGGGCGGAGAGCGAGUGCCCGAACAUGAGCAUGCAUUCUCGAGCUUCGUGCAUGCAGAUGGAUGAUGUAAUUGAUGACAUCAUUAGCUUAGAGUCAAGUUAUAAUGAAGAAAUCCUGGGCUUGAUGGACCCUGCCCUGCAGAUGGCCAAUACGCUACCUGUCUCUGGUAACUUGAUUGACCUUUACAGUAACCAAGGCUUGCCACCCCCAAACCUGACCAUUAGCAACUCGUGUCCAGCCAACCUUCCCAACAUCAAAAGGGAGCUCACAGAGUCUGAAGCAAGAGCAUUGGCUAAAGAGAGACAAAAAAAGGACAAUCAUAACUUGAUUGAACGAAGGAGAAGAUUUAACAUAAACGACCGCAUUAAAGAACUAGGUACUUUGAUUCCCAAGUCAAAUGAUCCAGACAUGCGCUGGAACAAGGGCACCAUCCUAAAAGCAUCCGUUGACUAUAUUCGAAAGCUGCAACGAGAGCAGCAACGUGCAAAGGAACUUGAGAAUCGACAGAAGAAACUGGAGCAUGCCAACCGGCAUUUGCUGCUCAGAAUCCAGGAACUUGAAAUACAAGCCCGCGCUCACGGCCUGUCCCUCAUUCCAUCCAUGGGUCUCUGCUCGCCAGAGUUGGUGAACCGCGUCAUCAAGCAAGAACCGGUCCUUGAGAACUGCAACCAAGACCCGCUCCAGCAUCACACAGACCUCACGUGCACGACCACCCUGGAUCUCACAGAUGGCACCAUCACCUUCACCAACAACCUGGGAGCCGGGACGGAGAGCCACCCGGCCUACAGUAGUGUCCCCGGCAAGAUGGGCUCCAAACUGGAAGACAUCCUGAUGGACGAUACGCUCUCUCCUGUUGGCGUGACUGACCCGCUCCUGUCCUCGGUAUCGCCCGGAGCUUCCAAAACCAGCAGCCGGCGGAGUAGCAUGAGUAUGGAGGAGACCGAGCACACGUGUUAGCAAAUCCUCCCUGCUCCACGGCCUCACAGACUCCCGGUCUUGAUUCUUAGAGUUACCCAAAUCCUUAGCCAUUGACCCAGACAGGGCUCUCUUGAAAAUAUUCCUUUAAUAUGAAUUUUUUUUCACGCUUUAUCGAUAGCCCAGGAUAUAUUUUAUUUUUAGAAUUUUGUGACACAGACUUGUAUAUUCUAUUUUACAACUACAAAUGCCUCCAAAGUAUUGUACUGUACGUGUACAGUAUCUGUGAACUGCAUUCACCACGGACUUUAACUUUCUGAGCAAGGGGAUUUUGCAUCAGAGAAAUGUCUGUCCAUUUUUAUUCAGGGGAACCUUGGUUAGAGAUUUAAAAUCCCGUGACUUCCUUUGGGGAUUAAAUGUAAGAUUUAAAUGAAAGAAUGUAAAGCAACCAAAAAAGACAGAGAAAAAAUCCAUACUAACUUGUUUCCAUUUUGUAAAUCUAUUGAUUCAUUGGUACUGUCUUAAAAGAUACAGUACCCUUCAAACAUUGUUUAAUCUUUAUACUAUAAUAUUGAAAGAAAUAUUACAUUCUAUAAAAGACAGCAGCAGCAUAAAUAGAAUAGCCAUUUCCCGGAGGACUGUCCGGUUAGAAAACACAGGUGCCACCGAUGCUGGCCGAGUUAGGAGGGGGCUCUGAAGUGGAACCUCAUCGUCUGCUCUUUUUUUACCAGCUCCGGUUCCACUCUUCCUCAAUGGGUGCGAGCCCACUGCUCAUGAACUAUAUUUUCUUUCAAAUGGAAAUGAAUAUCCUCUCCAAAGUAAAAUAUUGAGGAGCACUGAAAGUUGGUUUUCCUGUAAAACUUUUUUUUAAAUUUUAAUUCAAAAUAUUCUUUUUGGUUAUGAUUAAAAAACAGAAACUGGUGUAUAUUUCUAAAUUUUUAUUUUUUGCAUUACGUUUUAUUGUUCCUUUGAUUUGUACAGAUUCCUUAAUAUCGCCAUUCUUUUCACUAUAUUUGUAUUACUUUUUUGUAAGAAGAUGCAUCUGCCACUGAGACGUUUUCCGUAUUUUUACAGCUCCCUGGUGGUUCUCCUCAUCCUUUGUACACUCACGAAAGAAGACUUUGCCGCCAGGCCUGUGUUUCAGGGGAGCUUUUGUGCAUAUUUUGUAUAUUGCAGUCUCACUCAGAACUGUUUUUUCCACACACUUAAGGAGUAGUAUUCAUAGGUCAAAAGCCAGACUUUCUAGAGAAAAUUAACUUACAUAUUUAUUUUUAGUGACAUCAAAAUAGCCAUAUUCUUGGACAUGGAUAACUAUAGCUUUAGUAUGCCCAAUUAUGGUCAUUUAAAUUGGUGAUUAUUUAAGCAAACCUUGCUGAUUUUUUUAUUUCCUUACUUUUCCUUUUUUUGAGAGAAAUACUGUAUUGGCAAAUCACUGUUCCUUGAUAACAAUGUUUUAACAAGCAGCAAUGCUGUAAAGUUAGUUUCAGUGCGUUACCUACUUGUGUAGUCCUAUGCAAUAACAGUAGUGCUGUGUAUGUCGUAAAAGGCCCAGGUGUUUUCUCCAGGUGAUACGUUAUGAGCUAGCCUAUUGGAUUGGGUUUCUUAGGAACAGCCUACAAUUGGAUAACGAGUGGCUUGAAGCAUAUCUAUUCAGAAUGAAGUGCCUUAAAUUGAGCAGUUGUCCUUUGGGAGCUAGCACUGACUGACUGAAAUAUGACGUAGGAGAAAGCUUCAUGAUGGUACCUAUAGCCAAGAGGAACAUGUAGCAUGGUGCCUACGUAGACAAUAUAAGAGCUUCCAAUUUCCCUUCAGAUAUUUUUAAUAUUAAAUAUAUUUUAGUGACAGUGCCAAUUUCAUCAGGAAACCUUAUUCAAGAGGUUUUUUUGUUGUGUUUUGUUCUGUCUUUCAGUGUUUAAAUGUCAAAUGUGAAUUGGUGAUGGGUGGUGGAGGGUUGAGAGAGGAGGAGUGAUUGUCUCAUGUAUGAAUGGAUGGCGUAUGUGAAAAUAAGCAACUGCAUAGUUCCCAUGUGCGUUGGGCAAUGAGAAUCCUUGGAAACAUUGAUGAUCAGUUUUAUAGCUUUAUUACUUAAGGGGGUAGGGAAAAUAAGUUCCCAUUCUUUCAACCCCCUUAAUUGUAUAGCUCUCUUUAUUAGAAUAGUGAUGUAAAUCUGCAUGAACAGCUAAUUGUACCGUAGUGUUCACUGAUACAAUCAUAGCGUUGUCUAUUUUUCUCUUCAUAUUUAUGUGGGGGGCUGGGGACGGAGGUCAAAGAUUGCAAUGCUACGAUUCUAACUUUCCUUAGCUGGCUUUGAAGGCUAUUAAAAUAAGCAGUGUUGGCUAACUCACGGUCAAGGGACUAGGGUCAAGGUGAAGCAGCCUUCCAGAAUGCUCUGGGUAGAGAAAGUAUGGCAUCACGUACCACUGCCCUGAGUCCCGCAGCUCCUGGGCUUGCCACCACCUGCUCCGUGCCCCUGCGCUCUUAAAAGACCAUUUCUGGGAGUUGCAGGUGAGCUAGCCUAGGAGAUUACUGCAACAUGGGGGGGUGGUUUUAUUUAUUUCUUUUUUUGCCAAAUAGUGUGUGGAUUUGUUUUCGGGACUCGUUGAGCCGAGAGGAGGUGGUUUGGAGUGCCCCACAUCGCUCCCCCCAUCUCUGGGGUGCAGAACUGGGACUCCGGUGGGGCUUCCAGAUGGAGUGUCCAAAAUGCCAAAAUCAUCCAACUGCCUCUGGGUCAGGCAAUGGAACUACGAAACCUUCUGACUUUGCCAAAAAAACCAUACAACCCACAUGGUCAUUUGGUUCUUUCUGGUUGUUUUUAAAUAAUAAAGCAAUAAGAACAAAUGGAAUACAUAGGAAUUGUAAAGACCUAAAGUAAAAGCACAAAGGAAUGCACUUAAUAUUUGUGAAGAAAUGCACUGGGGAUAGGUUGAUGUUGAAAACAGUAUAUAAAGAAAAAGAACCCUAUUUCUUGAAAUCUUACAAAUGACUGUCUCUUGUGGACUCUUGGUACUGUAACGUUAUUAAUAGUCACCUGCUGUUGGAUGCAGCAAUAAUUUCUGUAUGGUCCAUACCACUAUAUAUUAUGGAUCGAUAUUAAUGUAUCCAAUGAAAUAAUGAAAAUGUUGUUCUUGAUAGCCUCAUUAAAGCGUUUGGUUUUUCA